AUGUCCAGUGAAUUUUCUGCUGCUCUAUCAUUGAGAAGCUGGCUCUCAAAACACGGAGGAGGCUUCAACACUCGAGUCCGUUUCAGUGAAGCCACGUCUGGAUCUCGCGUCGUUGCCUCGGAAGACAUACCAGAGGACACGGAAAUUGUUUCCUGUCCCUUCGACUUGGCUAUAACCCGCCAACAUGCUCAGCUGGCUCUGGGAAACUUUUUGGACACAUCGGAGAUCAUCUCCAGCACACACUGGUCCGAACGCCAAUGGAUCAGCACGUAUAUCAUAUUUCAUUGGAUAAUAUGCGAUGAGAGUCAACCAAACUUGAAGAUACUGGCUCACUAUCCUUAUCUAAAAACACUGCCGUCUUCCGAAAAACUUUUGACGCCAUUACACUUUACUUCGGAAGAAAUACAACUAUUCAAAGGAACCAACUUAUAUGGCGCGACGCUUGAUCGCGAACGCGACUGGCGAACUGAGUGGGCCGACUGUCUAGACAGGGUCUCGCAAGCCAAUCAAGAUUGGGGCAAGUCCUUUACAUGGUCGGCUACAUUUUCCGAGUCUACAGCUUAUCACAGUUUAUCUUUUUUUUACGAUAGGGAGCGAUACUUGACGGCUGCAACAUACCUAUCCUCCCGGGCCUUUCCGUCGUCUUUGUUAUCGCCGACGCCAUCGCUAAAACAUUCACCUCUAACGGAACCGGUGUUGCUUCCUGGAAUAGAUUCGUUGAACCACGCACGUGGACAGCCUGUUUCGUGGGUUGUCCGGUACCCCAACAAUGUUCCUCCCGAUUCGUCCUUGCAAGAACCAAAGAUAUCUCUGAUUCUCCACACACCUGCUACUGGGGGGAAUGAACUUUUUAACAACUACGGACCAAAACCCAACUCGGAACUCAUCCUUGGAUACGGCUUCUCGCUCCCGCAGAACCCGGACGAUACGAUCCUUCUCAAGAUAGGUGGUAUUGAAGGACAUAAGUGGGAGAUUGGCAGGAAUACGAUUGGCGCUGAAAGUCUAUGGAAAGAGAUCCUCGGAUCAUUCAUUGACGAUCCUGCAUCUGAGCCAGAUUAUGAGGAUGUUUUGGACGCGUCUAGCAUGCUACUAGAAAUGGUUCAAGCUCUCCUAGAUCGUCUUCCAGUAGAAGCCAUUCAAAAUUCUGCAUUGAUUCGGCCCGAAGUAUCUACUAUGUUUCGUGACUACGUGGAAGGUCAGCGCGACAUAUUGACCUCUUUGGUUACUUUUGCAAAAAAUCAAGAAGAUCGAGCAAUCCAGUUGGCUCGUGACGCGGGGGUUGAAAUAGUGUUUGAAGACGACUGA